CUUCCUGCUCUUCUAGCAUCCACCGGCCUGACUGAGGAGCAGAAGGAAUUCCAAAAAGUUGCUCUUGAUUUUGCUGCCAAGGAGAUGGCUCCUCACAUGGCAGAGUGGGAUGAGAAGGAAAUAUUCCCUGUGGAAACAAUGCGGAAGGCAGCCCAGCUAGGAUUUGGUGGGAUCUAUGUGAAACCAGACGUCGGCGGCUCUGGAUUGUCACGACUUGAUACCUCCAUAAUCUUUGAAGCUUUAUCAACAGGAUGUACCAGCACCACUGCUUAUAUGAGCAUCCACAACAUGUGUGUUUGGAUGAUUGACACCUUUGGCAAUGAGGAACAGAGGCGCAGGUUCUGCCCAUCACUCUGUAGCAUGGAAAAAUUUGCAUCUUACUGCCUGACUGAGCCAGGAAGUGGAAGUGAUGCAGCUUCCUUGCUGACCUCAGCUCAGAGGAAAGGGGACACCUACGUCCUGAAUGGCUCCAAGGCCUUCAUCAGUGGGGGAGGUGACACUGAUGUCUACGUGGUCAUGUGUCGCACAGGAGGCCCAGGCCCCAAGGGCAUCUCCUGCCUGGUGCUGGAGAAGGGGACACCGGGGCUUAGCUUUGGCAAGAAAGAGAAGAAGGUGGGCUGGAAUUCCCAGCCAACUCGGGCUGUGAUCUUCGAGGACUGUGUUGUUCCUGUUGGCAACCGGCUGGGAGCCGAAGGGCAGGGCUUCAGCAUUGCCAUGAAGGGACUGAAUGGAGGCAGGAUAAACAUUGCUUCUUGUUCGUUAGGAGCUGCUCAUGCCUCUGUUCUUCUGGCUCAGGAACACCUCACUGUCCGCAAACAGUUUGGAGAACCCCUAGCAAACAAUCAGUACCUGCAGUUCAGGCUGGCGGAGAUGGCGACGCGCCUGGUGGCAGCACGGCUCAUGGUUCGCAAUGCAGCGCGGGCACUGCAGGAGGGACGGGAGGACGCGGCUGUGCUCUGCUCCAUGGCCAAGCUCUUUGCUACUGAUGAAUGCUUUGCGAUCUGUAACCAGGCUCUACAGAUGCAUGGGGGCUAUGGCUACCUGAAGGAUUAUGCUGUGCAGCAGUUUGUGCGAGACAUCAGAGUCCACCAGAUCCUGGAAGGUACCAAUGAAGUUAUGCGGAUGAUUGUGGCCAGGAAUCUGCUACAGGGCUGAAGCCAGGAACUAGUCUCCAGCCCUAAAAUUCCUUCGUCUGUUACAGCUCAGUCUGUUUCCCUCCCCUAUUCACCAGCUCUCUCCCCGGGAGUGGAGAGGGGGAUACCUCGGUGGAAACAGUCUUUCUGCCUUACAUUGACGGGGAUCGCAGCUGGACGCCACCCACAUGCUGCCACAGCUGCACUCUGUGCCUGGCAGAGCUGCUGUUACUAGCCUAGUAUUGUGCAGCCUGAAGAUAUAAAUCACACUUGU